CUGCCAUAGUUUUAUGGUAUCUCUAUGUACAGGCUAUGAGCAAACUUAGGGGGCUGUUCCUGCUGAAUCAUGUUUACAAGAAAGGUGGUACUUAUUCUGGCAUAAUUGUAUGGUAUUUCUCUAUACAAGCUAUAUAUGAGCAAACUUAUGGCUUCAGAACUUCUGUAAAGCUUCAGAAUUUUCUGUAAAAUUAAGAAGUUCUUUAAAAUGAUGCUCGGUUUAAUUUAAAGAACAAGAAAAGCUAAAGUCAUAGGGGGGGUGCUAAUUUUUUGGGGACCAAGGAUGCCCCAAGCCUGACCUGGUGCAAGACAGGGAAGAAGAGAGAGCAUAUAAUCUGCCCAUCCUAUGGAGAGUUACUCUAGAGUUACCCUAGUCAAGACAGCCCAAUGAGCCCCCGUUGGACCGCGGUUCCAUUCCCUGGCUGGGCUAUGCUUUGGAAUUUGGCAAAGAUGCUGCCAAGUUUCUGUCAGACAUGAAAGAGAAGCACGGGGACAUAUUCACAAUCCAAGUGGCUGGGAAGUUCAUCACUGUUUUACUGGAUCCGCAUUCCUACGAUGCAGUUUUCUGGGCACCAAGCAACCAGCUGGAUUUUGGGAAAUAUGCACGGAUGCUGAUGGAUCGGAUGUUUGAUGUUAGACUGCCCCCUUCUGGUGGAAAUGAAGAGAAAACUUUACUCGCAUUGCACUUUCAGGGCUCUAAUCUGACUAAACUGACAAGGUCCAUGUUCCAUAAUCUCAGUACCAUCUUACUAAAGGACAGACGGCUGCCAAACACUGAAUGGACAGACCAGGGUUUAUUUGAUUUCAUUUAUGGCGUGAUGCUAAGAGCCGGGUACCUAACUCUGUUUGGCACUGAAUCGGAGCAGUACACAAGUACAUAUUCUCCUAUGAGAGAUCUGAAGCACUCAGAGGAUGUCUACAAGGAAUUUCGAAAACUGGAUUGGCUGCUCAUGAAGGCAGCACGGAACACUCUAUCCACAGGAGAAAAGGAAGAGGCCUCUUUGGUGAAGAAUCGUCUUCAGAAACUCAUUUCCAUAAAGAGCCACAAAGGAAAAUGCUGUAAAAGUUCUUGGUUUGAGUAUUACCAGCAGCACCUGGAGGAAAUACAAGCAACUGAAGACAUGCAGUCCAGAGCGUUGGUGUUACAGCUAUGGGCUACCCAGGGCAAUGCCGGCCCAGCAACAUUUUGGCUCGUUCUAUAUUUGCUGAAGCAUCCUGAAGCCAUGGCAGCCGUUCAAGCGGAAUUUGAAAGUAUAUUUCAAAGGAAUCUACAAGAAAAAAGGCAUAUCGAGGAAAUGAAUCAAGAUCUGCUGGAUAAAAUGAUCAUCCUGGACAACGUACUAAACGAGACCCUGAGGCUGACGGCAGCCCCCUUCAUCUCCAGGGAGGUUCUCACAGACAUGACUUUGAAGCUUGCAGAUGGGCACCAGUACCAGCUCAGAAGAGGAGACAGGCUCUGUCUCUUUCCAUUUGUGAGUCCCCAGAUGGACCCAGAGGUUCACCAGCAGCCCGAGGUUUUUCAGCACAACCGCUUCCUAAACGCAGAUGGAACGGAGAAAACUGAGUUUUACAAGAAGGGCAAAAGGCUGAAAUACUACAACCUGCCAUGGGGCGCGGGAAGCAAUGUUUGCGUUGGGAAGAAGCAUGCAGUCAAUAGCAUCAAACAAUUUGUCUGCCUCCUGCUUUUCUAUUUUGAUUUUGAACUGAAAACCCCUGCUGAGAAGAUCCCAGAAUUUAAUCGAACCAGGUACGGAUUUGGGCUGUUACAGCCAGAACACGAUAUCCUCUUCCGAUACAGGAGAAAAGCCUGAGCAGGAGUCUGCCCGCACCGCACUACCAAUGGCUAACGCGGGACCAGAAAGCUUUUCCAAGAAUGAAUUUUUUUUUUGUAAAAGACAAAAGAUCAUGAGAAUUGGACCUGCUUUCAUUACUGCCGAUACCCUACUUAGGUCCCAAUAUUUGGGCCCAGUACAACCAGGAGGAAUACAGCACUCUGGGAUAGAAGUCUUCCACAGUCCAAAUGGCAAGGUUUUAUUAGGACGCCAUGAAAAAGAAGCUUUAUGGAUGAUGGUUUAUGGAUAAUAGAUCCCAUAUAUCCCAUGUAUAUAAACGUGAUCUACCAAUCAGGGUAAUCGUUUGGGCCCAAGGCAAAUAAAUGUUCUCUGCCUAGCCCCACUAGUGUAUCUGAUUUAGCGAUUUUUGCACCUUAUUUCAUAAUAUUUAUACUACAGUGUAUGUGUAUUUAUUAUUCUAUGUGCAAGUUGCUUGCCUUAUAUCUAAUUGAGGUGUCUGAUACAAUAUCUGUAGUUAAUAUAUCUUUGGUUAAUGAUUUUGUUUUUGUUACUGGGUAUCUACUGAACAAUGUGCAGAAUAAAAUACACUUGACAAAACCCUUAUUAU